UACAUUUUGUACAAAUUUUAUUUAUUUAAAAAGAAAAGAAACAAUUUUAUAUUUUAAACUUAAAUUUAAUCAUAAAUUAUACAAAAAAAUGUUCACUGUUCCCUGUCAUCGUGAUACAAUAUUGACAACAUCGCUUAGCGAUGCCUCCGUUUUAUCGAAAAGUCGUAUGGCCGAAUUAAUGCAUCAAAUGCGUGAUCCUGCUCAUACUUUGGGCGGUUCCGUUGGCAGCAUACCACAAACUUUAGUGGCAAAUAGUACAACUGGUGCCGAUAUGUCUUUGCAAAAGGCUUUGUCUGGCAACGGUGUUCAUACCACGCCGGCCACAAAUCUUAAACUUAGCGAAGCUUUACGUCAGGCUCAACAUGAUGCUAGUCCUAAUAUUGUAUCAUCGUCCAAGAUGAAAUCAUCCAAAUCCUAUACACAUGGUCUCAGUAAUUCCGCAGGAACGGUUAACAUUCCAACUUCUACCUCAGCUCAAAGUAAUCUCUCCCUCUUAGCCGACAUCUCUCCCAAUCACACUCACUUCUUUGAGGUUAUGUAUGUGGGUAAAAUACGCGUCUCUCACAAACGUGUGCCAUUCUCUUUCAUCGAUGAUGCUUUGCCCAAAUUUAAGGCAUACGAUGCCCAACGUCAACGUCUCAUGCAAAUGUCGUCAAAUCGUAAAAUGUCUAUAAAUAGUGAGGGUGCCUUUAUCGGUACAGGAUCAAUUGAUUUGAAAACAUGUGCACUCAAAGAUAACGAAGUCAAAGAAGUCGAUGAAGAAGAAGUCGAACAAAAUGAAAAUUCACAAAAAGAGUCCGAUGAUGUUUUCGUUGAAAAGUUAAAAGUUGAGGAAAAGAUAAAAGAAGAGGAAAACUCAGCGGGUACUAGUAGCAAUGAGGAGGAAACAAAAUCAAUAGAGGAUAAUAAGGAGAAUACAUUGCCCUUAGGUGGUAGAUUAAUGCGGGGCAUUAGUCAGUUGGAGAUAAAUGUGAAAAAAGAUGAUCAAUCGGUUACAAAUGAUUCACAAACGAUAGAAGAAUCUGAAAUUUUACCUAAUAAUAUUAUUAUUAAUAAACAUCCAACACCGCCCCGUCAAGAGGAGGAUAAUCAAAUAAUACCUUCUCAAAUUCAUGUACCAAAUCAGCAACAACAAGAACAAGAUAAUCAACAACAGCAGCAACAACAACAACAACAGCAAUUGAAUGUUAAUAACGGUUUGGAUAAUCUACCCAAACAACGUGAUCGCUCUGCCUCCUAUGGCUGCAUACCACCCUAUGUAGAGCAGAAUCGUACAAUGGUCUUUUUAGUCGGACGCUCUGAUUUACGUUUGAUCUCACCUGAUCGUAAACAGGUUUUACUCUAUAAGGAUUUCAAAGAUGUUGCCAGCUGUGCUCAGGGUCAAAAGAAUGCCGAUCAUUUUGGCAUUAUCUGUCGUGAGGCCCAUAAUGAUGGUUAUAUCGGUUAUGUCUUUAAGUGUCAGUCGGAUCAUGUAUGCGACGAUAUAGUGGCAGCCAUAUCGCAGGCUUUCGUAACAUGUGCCGAACAGAAGCGUAAAGAGGCGGCACAGGUCUUCUCAUGUGAUCAUUGUCCCUUGUCGUGGUAUCACAAACUCUGUACCGAUGUAGAGGGUUUGAGUGAGAAGAAAACACAGAAUAUGAUCUUUAGACGUAUAGAAACCUUGAGCGAUGACGAACAAGAUACUAUAUGGGCUAAAUUUUAUGGUUCUGAGAAAAUGAAUGCUCCGUUAGCGGAGCAAAAUCAAUUCUUAAUGAUGCUUUUGCGAGCACAUUGUGAAUCGAGACAACAGAGGCAUGUUCACGAUACUGCCGAGAAUAGAUCGGAGUUUUUGAAUCAAUAUCUGGGUGGCAGUACGAUAUUUAUGAAGGCUAAACGUUCGCUAACGAAUUCAUUUGAUCAUUUGCUAAAACGUAAAGCAUCUAAGGAUGAUAUAGGAGCCAGUACGUUAACCAUAAGAGAGCAUAAGAUAAGGGAAUGUUCAGCAGAACCUAAAUUGGAGGUGGGCAAAGAUGAAGGAGAUUCACCACCUGAAGCCUUUAGAUCUAGAUCCAAUACUAUAGGUUCCAUCAAUGCCAGUCCUAGUAAGCCCACAGCUGAACAAUUAAAGAGUCCCAUGAUGGAUAUAUUUAUUAAGGUGGGCAACAGUCCUAAGGAGUCAGAGACACAUCAGGGUUCUUGGCGCCAGGCUAUACUUAACAGUGUGGUUACUCCCUCCAAAGGCAUGGAACAGGAUGCUCAAGCUGAAUUCUUAUCUCCCAUGAGAAUAACUCAACCCAAACGUGGUAAACGUUCACGCGAGGAACUGCGUGAACUCUGGAAGACCGCCAUACGUCAAACGAUUUUACUCAAUCGCAUGGAAACGGAAAAUGCCAUGCUACAGGCUAGACAAAAUGAAAACGAAUUGAAACGCAUGAAAUUGGACUAUGAAGAAAUUGUACCCUGCGACAAACAACUCAUUGAUCGUUGGGAAAUGUUUAUCGAAAAGGAUUCGCACAAACUGGGCAACAAGAAAGAUCCCAAAGUUUUAGCACAGGCUAUAAAAACCGGUGUGCCACGUUCGAAACGUGGUGAUGUCUGGACUUUCUUAGCCGAACAGCAUUCCAUGAAUACGGCUCCCGUUGAUACCAAUAAAUUUCCCAAUUUCAAUACACCCUAUCAUAUUCUCCUGAAAAAUCUCACCGAACAUCAACAUGCCAUUUUUAUAGAUUUGGGACGAACCUUUCCAAAUCAUAAAUUCUACAAGGAUCCUUUGGGCCUAGGUCAAUUGUCAUUGUUUAAUUUGUUAAAAGCCUACUCUAUACUCGAUCCGGAAUUGGGUUAUUGCCAGGGUUUGGGUUUUAUCUGUGGCAUAUUGCUGUUACAUUGUGAAGAAGCUGAUGCUUUCCAAUUGCUUAAACAUCUCAUGUUUCAUCGUCAAAUGCGCACUAAAUAUUUGCCCGACAUGAAAAAGUUUCAAUUACAAUUAUAUCAAUUGUCUCGCUUGGUUAAAGAUCAUUUACCCGAUCUUUAUGUUUGGCUAGAUCAAAAUGAUGUUUCACCCACUCUAUAUGCGGCUCCAUGGAUUUUAACUGUUUUUAGCUCUCAAUUUCCCUUGGGUUUUGUGGCACGUGUUUUUGAUUUAAUGUUUUUGGAAUCUUCGGAGGUCAUCUUCAAAUUUGCCAUUGCCCUGCUCACUGUUCAUCAGGAAGAGUUGCUGGCUCGUGAUAAUUUCGAGGAAAUUAUGGAUUAUUUGAAAACGGUGGUGCCCAAAAUCGAUGCCAAGACCAUGGAAAAGGUUAUGAAAAUGGUUUUUAAUUUGGAGAUUAAUAAGCAACUAAUGGAAUACAAUGUGGAAUAUAAUGUUCUGCAAGAGGAAAUCACCACCACCAAACAUCAUUUGGAAGUAUUAAAUCAAGAGAAAUCGAAAAAUUCACAUUUGGAACAGCAAUUACAAUUCGCCCAAUCAUCUAUCGCUCAAUUGGAGAAGACACGCUCCUCGCAACAAUCUCAAAUAACCAAUCUACAAAGUCAAGUACAAUCUCUAGAAUUAACCAUACAAACAUUGGGACGUUAUGUCUCACAUCUGGCCGAACGUAAUAUCGAUUUAGAAAUACCACAAGAAAUACGCAGGGUGUUACAACAGUUAGACGACUUGGAGAGGCAACGGCGUAAACCAUUAUUUGCCGAACGUAAAAUAGGUAAAUCAGUAUCGGUUAAUAGUCACUUGGGGUUUCCACUGAAAGUCCUCGAAGAGCUGAACGAAAAAGAAGAACAUGGUUCGCCCCAAAAAAUCAAGAAGACACCCUUUUUUGAAAACACCUACGAACAGUUGAGACAACAGAGACAACAUCAGCGCCAGCAUGAGGCCAAUAAUAGUAGUGGAGAGGAUUCGACAUCGCCUAUAAGGCAAAUUAAACCAAAGACGACUGUUACCAUACAGCAACAGCAGCGACCCAAUCGUUUGUACGAUGAUAAGGGUGUUAAUAUGCAGGACAUGCAAACACGUUUGAAUGAGCUCAAGCUGCCCGAACAUGUAGAUCGUUUUAUGGCCAAUAUUAAGAGUCCCUUGGAAGUGGACAGUGGUGUAGGCACCCCCUUGUCACCACCCAGUACCAGCAGUAAUAGUAGUCAAAGUAGUUCCUUAAGUUCGGGUAGUUUAUUUAGUCGUAUUGGUUAUAAAAAUACACCAGCGGUAUUUACGUCACCCUUAGCUAAUCGUCAAACAUUCAAUACCACACCCACCAUUAUGUCGGCAUCACCUAUAAAACUUUCACCUGAUUUUGAGUCAGAAUUAAACAAAAAAGAAGUCUCAAACACAGCCAUGCAUCCAUUGAGUAUGGUGGGUGAGGUAAAUGUUAAAUUUAAUGGCACCACACAAUUGAAAUCCCUCAGACCUACACACUAUUUAAAAUCGUUAAGUACACCCAGCAGUACAGUACUACAACAGACAUUGACCGAAACCGAAACGGAAUUAGAAACUGAGACAAACGAAACAAAGACACAGGCUAAAGCUACCAAGGAAAUGGCUCAAACUACUGCAGCAGCAGCUGCUGCUGCUGGCAAUAGCUAACGGUUUUGAUUUAUAACCAAAUUUCUAAGAAGCUUUUAUUAGCCAAAGAAAAAGAAGGGCAUUAAAGAAAUCUAGAAAAUAUUUUAAGAAAAUCUACAAAUAUAAAUGUUGAAAAUAAAAACCCCGCAGAGCUUAAAGUUAUAAAAGAAAUGUUAUACCAAAAAAAUUAAAAAAAAGAAACAUAAUUUUGCUUCAAACUUUUUGUGUUUUCAGAAAAAAAAAAUACUUUUUUCUCUUUAUAAGGUACUUUUUUGAAAAGACUAAUAACACAACAUUUU